CCGAGAGCAGCGGUGGAAUGAGCCAUGUCGUCUGGUGGCGGCAGCAACAGGGACGCCGGCCAGUGCAAGGCAGUAGUUCUGUUCGAUUUUGGAGCCACGACCACGAGCUCCGCGCCAUUCGUUUUCGGCAGUGAAAACCAGUCCAAGGCUCCUACACCAACUGCAGACAGCACAUCACGAAGCCAGAGUCCGACUACCAGCGGCCCUGCUUCGACACUCGAGGCGAAGGUCCCAAAGCUUACAUAUACCUCCAUCUCUGAUAUCGCGACUGAGUGCGCCAAGUUCUUCUUCCACGACACGGUUUUUGAUCUGUACAGCGAUACUGGUUUCGUAGAUAUCGGAGAAGAGGGGCUGCAGUUCACUGUGCACAAAGGUCUGAUCUGUCGGCACUCCAGCCAUUUCCGAGGCGCCUUCGAGGGGGAUUCAUCGAAAGUCAACGAAACCGAGUCGAGCUGAGGGAGGAAUCGGUCAAAGACUUCGCACUGUUCCUGGCUUGGUUGUAUACCGGCAGAAUCCCGUCAGCUUCCUUAGACGACCUUGUCGACUACGCCGGCUAUCAAUCCCAUAUCGCCAGGAAGUUGGCGAGACUUCGAAACACGAAUCACAAUACUGCUAAUCAACUGGAUUCUGGCGUGCAGGCGCUCUCGCUGGACGACUCUGCCGGUGGUAGCGGUCCUGAAGAUGAAGAGGAUGUGAUCGCUUCUCUUGGCAUUGUCGCGCGGACGCAUCGCUCGCUCGUGGAUCUCUACAUAUUUGCCGAUCGUCGAGGCAUAGCAGGUCUUCAACACUCCGUCAUAACCAACCUAGCAGAACUGCGCGAAGAGGGCUAUUCGUUCAUAUCCGCCGAUCCAGAUGUCGUCGACACGACAUUGCCUUCUCUUCUCUGCCCACCGACUCACCGCUCUGCAGAUUUCUCAUCGAUGAAGCCGCUUGGUGCUGGACCAAAGACCUCGAUGGUCUCGAGAAUUUGGACCACUUCCCGGGCGAGUUCAAUGCGGAACUGGUACGACCGAUGCUGCGAAAGGCCAAGAAAAGCUCCCGAGCUCAGCCGGACUGGCGAACGAAUCUUUGUCUUUACCAUGGCCACAGCGCGACU